GUGUUAAAUAACUAACAUAAAAUGGCUUACGUGUAAAUAGAUCCAAUUUCCUGUAAAUAGUGGCAAUAAAAUAUGUUUACAACACAAUAUCCAUAAUCCAUCUCGAAAACAGAAACUAAAAGAAUUAUUGCAAAACGGACUCUUGCAUUUGGCCUCGAAACUUUUAUUAUUAUUUGGAAAGCUAAAAGCUUGGUGACUGUCUUUACGCAUAAGACAGCGAACACCAGUUUACUCAACUUUAUUUUCGGAGAGCUAUAUCAAGGGCCGCUACUUAAUAUUUAAACAUUUCAUGUGUAGGUUCACUGUAGAACUGUUGGAUUCAAAGUGGAAAAUGGUUUUGUGGUAUUGUUUGUGUUUACAGUGCAAUGUAUACAUCGAAUAUAUUGGUAAUUUCAAUAUAUGUACAAUAGCAAAUGAUGGGAUUACCAGUAGACGCGUGAUACGUCGUCUGCUAUGGGUAGAUAACUCCCGAUAAACCUUGGACGACCUAGCAAAACGGCGCGGAACAUAAAAUAAUCCUAGAUGCAAAGUUCCCAUACCGCAACUUAUCUAUCACUGACAUCUGAAUCCCAGUUGCCAGUGGUUGUUGAGUGUUAAAUGUGACCGACUGGAUCAGGCUCAUUGUAAACGGAUGUACAAGCAGGGAUGGAGAUAUGAGAAGGUCUGCAGCCCCCAGCCAGCUGAACCCAGCUAAAAGGACAAAGUUCUCUGUACCAUUCAAGAACCCAAAUUCUUCAAAAGUGCAUGAAACCGAAGCUGUGGUGUCAGAGCCAAAGAAAACAGGCCUGUCUAACCUUGUGUCUACAUCUGAUGUUUCCUCCUCCCCAUCAAUUGCCAUAGACACUGAGGAUGAGGAGCCUGGGCCUACAUUGCCUGUCUCAGGUGGAAGCAACAUUACUCCUCCUCUUGAGCAAGACAAUGGCGCCACUACACACAUUGAUAAGACACAAGCCUCAUCUACCAUAAAGUCCAAAUUCUCAUCACCUAUAUUGGGAGUCAGCAAGUUUCGUUCUCCCUUGGGUCAAGUGGGAGAUAGGAAUACUCCACACAUUCAGAAUGCCAGAAAGACACACAUGGAAACAAGCGCCUCAGCAACAAAGUUAGAGGCAACAACACAGAAGAACUACCUCAGUGUUGUUUGGUGUAAACGAUCGAAAAAGAAGCACAAGAAGUGGGAAGGAGAUGCGGUGCUGGUGACUCACGGCAGGAGUGUCACUCUGUAUGACACGGAGAGCAAAGAGAUUGGUCGAGGCAGUGGUUACAAGGCCAGUGAACUGGCAUUCCUCAAAGACGAUGAAACACUCUGUGUUGGUGGCAAGGAAAUACAAGUCAUGUCAGUACUGACAGAGGAGCAGUUUACAUCAGGGAAAUGUUUUACCAGCUCUGCAGGCUCCGUCCCACUUAUUGCUGCUCAACACAACACAGGUAUAAAGAAACCUUUCGUGGACCCAAACAAGGACAAUACAGCUCCCCAGGUUAGAACGGAUAUUUGUGUGAAGCCAAGAUUUGACCCCACUGCCCCAGGAGCUCUUGUGAUGAGAAGGCCACACUCUUCACAUCAGUGGGAGUUCAACAGACAGAAGCUGGCUGUGCUAGAUGUAGUGGUAGACCCUUACCUGUCCAGCCACCUGCGGGCGCACCAGCGGGAUGGUGUGUCGUUCCUGUACGAGUGUGUCAUGGGCUUCAGGGACUUUGCUGGACAAGGAGCAAUCUUAGCUGAUGACAUGGGCCUGGGCAAGACUCUGCAGUGUAUUACCAUGCUCUGGACACUGUUGAAGCAGGGUCCAUAUGGAGGGAAGCCUGUGAUUCGGAGAGCUCUCAUCAUCACCCCAGGCAGUUUAGUUAAGAACUGGUUUCAAGAGUUUAAGAAGUGGCUUGGUUCUGAGAGACUGAAGGUGUUUGCUGUUACUGCCAACAACAGAGUUGAGGAGUACACAAAGACAGCCAUCUACCCAGUACUCAUCAUGUCUUAUGAAAUGUUUGUACGAGCUUACAAAGUGAUCCAGGAGGCCCACUUUGACAUAGUUAUAUGUGAUGAAGGUCAUAGGCUUAAGAAUACAACAAUCAAGACUACUUCGUUGAUCAUGAGUUUGCCAACCAGAAGACGUGUAAUUCUAACAGGCACUCCCAUACAGAAUGACCUGAAGGAGUUCUUCUCCAUUGUGGAGUUCUGUAACCCUGGCAUCCUUGGUUCUAGUGCUGCCUUCCACCGAGUGUAUGAAGACCCCAUCGUGGCGUCCCGCCAACCGGGCGCCUCCUUGCAGCAGGUCAGUCUCGGGGAAGAGAGAGGGGCCGAACUGACAAGACUCACCAAGAUGUUCAUCCUGCGGAGAACUCAGGAAAUAAACAACAAAUACCUGCCCCCUAAAGUGGAGCUUGUAAUAUUCUGUCAGGCAAGUCGUCUCCAGCUGUGCCUGUACCACCAGUUCCUCCAGUGUCGACUCAUGCGGCGCUGUCUGUCAGGGAACGUGGAGGGGGCGCCACACCUCAUCUGUAUCGCCGCUCUCAAGCAGCUGUGUAAUCACCCCAACCUGGUUCUCAGGAAGGCCAUGGAGCCAGCAGGGAAGGGAGGAGAAGAGGAAGAGUCUGUGUACUCCGGCCUUCUUCCCUACUUCCCUGAGGAUGCCUCCCUGGAGAGAGUGGUGACACGACACUCUGGCAAGUUGGUGGCCCUCUCCUCCAUCCUACAAUCCCUGCACUCAGAAGAACCCCGGGAGAAGGUUGUGCUUGUCUCCAACCACACCAAGACUCUAAACAUGCUGCAGGUGUUUUGUGACAAUGUGGGCUUCAGGUGGGUGCGCCUCGACGGCCAGACCCCUACAUCACAGAGACAAGAUAUUGUCAACAAGUUCAACAGUAAACACUCUCAAGAAACUGUGUUUCUUCUGAGCUCCAAGGCUGGGGGAGUUGGUCUGAACCUGGUCGGCGCCUCCAGACUCAUCCUGUACGACAUCGACUGGAACCCUGCCAACGAUCUCCAGGCUAUGGCCAGAGUGUGGAGAGAUGGUCAGUCCAAGAAGGUGUACAUUUACAGACUUCUCACCACAGGAAGUAUCGAGGAAAAGGUGUACCAGCGCCAAAUCAGCAAGCAAGGCCUCAGUGGAGCCGUCAUGGAUCUCAGAGAGAGAAAUGAUGUCCAGUUCUCACGGGAGGAUCUUAAGGACCUGUUCACCCUCAGUGAGAGGACUGCAUGUGACACUCAUACUCUGCUGGACUGCCAGUGUGGGGGGAAGGGGGUGCUGCCAUCUGACACUGUCACCCACGCCUCAGAGACAUCACGACCAUGUCAGCUCGGAGCUCCAGCGGUCAAAUCACACUCCAAGAAAAACUUGUCAAUGGAUGAACUUCUUGAUUGGCAUCACCUCUCUGGGGAGAAUUCUGCUAACUUUGAUCCAAGUUGGCAUAUAUCGGGGGCAGAAGAUGUCAUUUCCUUUGUGUUCUGGAACGAAUCCAAGAUGACCUCAUUUUCAUGAUGGGACCUACUACUGUGCUAUGAGGAUAUUUUCAGACUGAGGCUUCUUUCUUCACACACAGCUUAUUCAAACACCAUCUGUGAAAUUUAUGUCAUUAUCUGAAACAAGAGUCUGAUAAGUGUCUAGGAUCCAACUGUUGCUCUGUCCAGGAUUCAUAAUGUGUCAUCUGAUUGAGUGUGAGGCAUGGAUAUGUGCAUCCAGCUCUUACACUGACCAGGAGUCAUAAUGUAUCACCUGGUUGAGUGUGGGGCAUGGUUGAGUGUGGGUCAUG